AUGACUCAAAGCAUCCCUCUAGCCCCCGCCCUAGGCCUGGUAGCCGCGGGUAUGGCCAUUGCCACUGUAUUGCGUAAGCUCUACGAGGCGGCUCAGGGUGUUGCUGAGAACAUCUACGAAACAAACUCACUUGUCAAUCAGUAUCUGGUGUUUCACUAUGGCAAGCCUUCGGAAGUGUGCAAUCACGAGACGGGCCCUAAGGGUGCGCUGGACUUUCCUGUACGCGUUGCAGCAGAGUGUUGGAAUGCCGAAGCAGGCAAGAGUAAUUGCUCGCGUGCCCUGGACAUUGGUUGCGCCGUGGGUCGUAGCAGUUUUGAGUUGGCUCGUCAUUUCGAGGACGUUGUUGGCAUUGACUUCUCGCAGCACUUCAUCGAUGUGGCUAACGAUAUCAAAGAACACGGUAUGUCUUCCUUUGGUUGA